CGUGUUCCCGUGUUGACCAAUCGGGUUCGUAGUUUUACUUCCGCUUUGAGAGUUGUGCGGGAAGUUUGGAGCUGUGAAGCGCUUGUGUUUAUUUGCAAUUCAUCUUGUGUUCCGUGCAGAUUCAGAUGCCGCCCAAAGCCAAAGCAGCCGGUAAAGCCAGAGCGCCAGCGAAGAGGAAGCUGGCUGAGGAGUUUCCCCCCGGAGAGGUUCUGACAGACACAGCGAAAAAAAGCUGGAAGCUCGGGAAGCCCGUUGGUCAGGGAGGCUUUGGACUGUUGUAUCUGGCAAGCGACGAUACGUCAAAGGCUGUCAGAGACGACGCGCCUUACGUCAUCAAAGUGGAGCCAAGCGACAACGGCCCUCUCUUCUCCGAGCUGAAGUUUUACAUGCGAGCCGCCAAACCCGAUCUAAUCGGCACUUGGAUAAAGUCGCGGAAACUGAAAUACUUAGGGGUGCCAAAAUAUUGGGGCUCAGGACUUCACGAGAACGGAGGAAAGAGGUACAGGUUCAUGGUCAUGGACCGAUUCGGGACGGAUCUACAGAAGAAGUUCGAGGAAAGUGGCAAGAAAUUUCCACGGAAGUUGGUUCUUCAGCUGGGCCUCAGACUUCUCGACAUCCUCGAGUACGUCCACGAGCACGAAUACGUCCACGCCGACAUUAAAGCCUCCAACCUGCUGCUUUCCCAUAAGAACCCCAACCAGGUUUACUUGGUGGAUUACGGACUGGCCUACAGAUUCUCACCGGAAGGUGUGCCGAAGGAAUACAAAGAGGACCCGAAGAGAUGCCACGACGGGACCAUCGAGUUCACCAGCAUCGAUGCACAUCAUGGAGUUUCUCCCUCCAGAAGAGGCGACCUGGAAAUCUUGGGUUACUGCAUGAUCCAGUGGCUGUGCAGCCGCCUGCCCUGGGAGGAUAAACUCAAGGACCCGGUUUACGUCAGAGACUCUAAAAUACGAUGUCGCAACAAUGUCAGAGAGUUCAUGAAGAGCUGUUUCAUCGCAGGACACGACCCAGAGGAAAUGAUAAAGUUCAUGGAGGAGGUGAAGACGCUGGGUUACACGGAAAAACCCGACUACACGAAGCUACGCAGCAUUUUGCAGCACGGACUGAAAAGCAUCGGCGCCACAGACGACGACAAGCUGGACUUCGCAGCGUCCGUGUCCGACGCCGGACCGUCGUCGGUCAAGACUCCUAAGCGGAAGAAAGCCGCAGAAAAAGAGACGUCUAACGACGAAACACCAGCAAAGAAGAGACGUCCGGCUCAGAAGAAGGAGAACGGAGUGAAGAAGAAGACGACCGUGAAUAAGUCCAGUCCGACCAAGCGCUUCGUCGACUCGGGGACACAGACGUCCCCUGCGGCGGCGACGGUGGAAGCGAAGAGAGGCAGAGGCAGGCCCAAAAAGACCGCAUAGCUCUCCUCUUUUUAAACUGCUACAACUUCUUUUUAACACUUUAUUUUUUUUCUCUAGAUUAUUUCCUAGCUGUACAUUUUUUUUCCUUUCUUUUUUUUUUUCAGGAUGUUGGGUACAUUCUAAGUAAAAUAAUAAAUAACAAAAAAAAAAGUACGCUUGCUGUGAGUAGCGAGUUAUUUUCAUCCCCUUUGUAAUGGCUUGAAUAAUCAGGCCCGUGCCGCCGAGGUCCGGAGGGGAUUACUUUGCCCUCGAUAAGGGAAUCCCCAAAGGAGCUCGCCGAGUGCCGACUCUUUCCACGUCGCAUCCGACUCCUUUCUCGUCUCAGAAUGAAAGGCAAGGUGCGUCUCUCUCUCUCUUUCUCUCUCUCUCUCUCUCUAUAUAUAUAUAUAUCUGUCUCUCUCUCUCUCUCUGCUCUUUGAUCCCGGAGCUGAGACGCUCUUCAGGGAAAAAGGCUGCGUGCGUGUGCGCCAUACCUUUCCUCUCUUCCGCCAUUUGAUCAGGAGAAGACAAAAGGCGAACACUUGGGUCCCGCUGUUUGUCGCUCCUCGUGCUCGAGUCUUCCCUUUCCCGCUUCCUCACAGAGCCAUCAUUAAAAGUUAGUUGUGGGCGUGUUACUCAGGAUUGCGUCUCGUCGUAACUUUGGUAGUGGGUUUGAUCGCAGGCAGAGAAUGUUUUUAUGGCUAAGCACCAUCUUUCUGACAUUGAAAGGGCAAAGCAUAACUCGGAGAAAACAGAUCAAAAAACGGCUGCGGUGUGAAUAAAGGUAAAAGAAGUGCGUGCAGAGUUUGUCACUCCGGAUUGAGAUUUGUGGAACAUUUUUUAUUUAUUUUUAUUUUUUUUCCUGAAUAUUAAUGCAUCGAAUGCAGAUAACAAGUGACGAGAGAUAUAUUUAGGUUGGUCGACUAUUUCCUCCUAUUCCUCAAAAUUACAAUCGUAAUUAAGUCGAGACUAAACGAAUCGAAAUCCAACUGAUGGAAAACUAUCCCUCAUAGUAAAAAAAAAGCUUUUCUUUUAAGAAUUUACUUAAAAUUUUGACGUUUGCCCUAAAAUCGAAAAAGAAUCAUUUGACGUGAUAGACUCAGAAUCGACUCACAGUUUGAAUCAGAAUUUGAAAAACGUUAAACAUCUUGUGGAACCCGAUCGAUCUGGAACUGUGCUUGAAAAAAGAAAGAAAAAAAAAAAACUAAGCC